GAGAGGCACAACAAUGUCACUUCUCCUUGUAUGUGCAUUUCGUUGAAUAUAUUUGGAAUACAGGGGACAAAGAUUAUUGUGGAUAUUUAAAAUACUAACACCGCGAUUACAGAACCUUCAGCUUUGGACAGUGCGAAGGACUACAGAUUGACCAUGUUGCCAGUUCUUGUUUGUCUUGUGUUGCUUCUUCCGGGAUCUACAAACUCUCUACCCAGCAUCAACUCACGAGAAAACAGACAACUGCAAGCCGGACCACACUGCUACUCUUGUCAAGGUGUGCGCCAGCCCUACGACUGUAACGUAACCGUGACGUGCCAACCACACGAGCAAUGUUUCACUGACGAGUACUCAACCACAGAUGGACGCAUCAUCUUCACCGUCGGGUGUCGACCUGUUGUUGCAUGUAACUCAGCAUUAGAUCGGAGAUCGGAAGUGAAGACACGGAAUGGUCCAAGCCUCAAAUGUGAGGAGUGUUGCCAUGGUGACCACUGCAAUAGUGGAGGAUGCAGUGCCGGGCCGCCGAAAGGCAAUAGGUGUUACCACUGUGACUUCAUCGAUGAUCCAACAACAUGUGCUACGACAACGAUCUGCAAAGCAAAUCAGCACUGCUUCGUCGAUAAGGUGUACACAGACAACUAUGAAACCAAAUAUAAUCUUGGCUGUGCGGAUUAUUCAGAAUGUUACGUAAAGGGAGGCACGAAGCGAGACAACGUGUUGUCGACCAUGUGCUCCGUCUGUUGCGAUGGCAACUACUGCAACCACGACUGUCAAAAUCCGGUCUUGGCCCGCUGCUUCUCAUGUCUGGGUGUUGACCACCCAUACAAUUGCAACGUCACCGUGGAGUGCCGACCGGGCGAGCAAUGUUACCUGGACGAGUAUAUGACGGCUGGUAGAACUACUAUCUACAAUGCUGGGUGUCGAGCUGUCUCGAUAUGUGAUGCUAAGUUAGGUCAUGUGUCACAAAGGAAAAGAGCUUACCCUACCCUUAAGUGCGAGGAGUGUUGCCAUAGCAACUACUGUAACAAAGGAGGAUGUGGCGCCGAGCCUGCGAAAGGCACCGUUUGCUACAACUGUGACUUCGUCAGUGAUCCUAGACUUUGCUACAAGACGACAACAUGUAGAUCAACUCAGGUAAAUAAGUCCCAAAAAAUCCACUCCAUGUUGCUGUUGCUUUAG